AUGGCCAUGACUAUCAUCUCGCAUCUCUGCGGUAUCACCCUUACGCCUAAUCGAGGAUCAGACUUCAAGCGAUACCACCUAGAGGUUUUGACCAUGCCGGUGUAG